GAGAGUGCAUGCGAGUGAGCGCGCGCUCCCUCGGCGCGAGGAAAGAACCUCCAGCGGGAAUCCCAAGAGGAGGAGGUGGAAGCCGAAGAGGGAGCGCGGCCCAACUCUUAGCUAAGGGAGAGAUGAGCAGCACUGGAGCUAGCCCAAUGUCAACUGUUGUUCCAUCGAGCGGUGGAAGAGGGAUUGUAAAAUCAACAAACUUCACUCCUGAACUGCAAAGUAUGAUGUUCUCCUUAGGAGAUGCUCGCAGACCUCUACAUGAAUCGGCAGUGUUGGUUGAAGACAUUGUCCACACUCAGUUGAUUAAUUUGUUGCAGCAAGCCUCUGAGGUUUCUCAAAUGAGAGGAGCAAGAGUCAUCUCUGCUGAAGAUCUUAUUUUUUUGAUGCGCAAAGAUAAGAAAAAGCUCAAAAGGUUACUGAAAUAUAUGUUUUUCCGAGACUACAAAUCUAAAGUUGUCAAAGGCAUUGAAGAAGACGAUCUUCUUGAAGACAAAUUCAGCAGUGGCACCAACAAACGGAAGAAAAUUGCUCAAGACUUUCUUAUCUCAAUUGAUCAAACUGGGGAACUGUUGGCCUUGUUGGAAGAUGAUGAGAUUGAUGAUGUUAAACAAGAGAGAAUGGAGAGAGCAGAGAGACAAGCACGAAUGAUGGACUCUGCACAAUAUGCAGAAUUCUGUGAAAGUCGUCAGCUGAGCUUUUCCAAGAAAGCUUCUAAAUUCCGAGAUUGGCUGGACUGUAGCAGCAUGGAAAUAAAACCGAAUGCAGUUGCCAUGGAAAUGUUGGCUUAUUUAGCCUAUGAGACUGUAGCACAGCUGGUGGACCUGGCCCUUUUGGUGAAGCAAGACAUGACUCCCAAAGCUGGUGACCCCUUUAGUCAUGCAAUAUCUGCUACUUUUGUUCAGUAUCACAAUUCUGCUGAGAUGCAUGUAGCAGGACAGACAGCAAGUAUGAAGGGCAGCCCAGAUUCCCCUGAAAACACACCGCCACCAACACCCACUCCUCCUUCAACAGGCCCACAGCUGUUUGGGAAAAUUCAGUCAGGGACCAUGGGAAACGGUAGCCUCGGACAAGAGUCAUCUAAAGUCAAACAGCGAAAGAGAAAGAAGAGCACUGCAGCUUGUGGCGGAGAGGCCCAGAGCGAUGCCAUCCAGCCUGCCCACAUCAGAGAGGCCAUUCGACGCUAUGGCAAUCAGAUUGGGCCCCUUUCCUCAUAUACAAGUGCCUACCGCAGAAAUGGGAUGAUGUUUCUUGCUUGCUAACAUGGAUGUGGCCACAGCAAGAGGAAAGACAGCGUUAUAAUAAGGUGAUUUCCCCACCCCUCCUGUUCCCUCCAUUGAGGGGGAAACACAGUUUUAGAAAGCCUCCAGCGUGUGGACUUGUGAGUGGGCUGGUUUGUUGUGACUAUCAACGAGCUGACAGUCUGUUUUUCCAGCCCGCCCAAUUGUUAUUUUUGUUUUAUACUCAGAAUAUUUAGCAAAUUAAUGGCAGGAAGUUUGGGACAGUGUGUGGGUGGAUGAGAAUGCAGUUCACAUGAUUUUAACAUUUCUAGUUGAUUUUAUUGUAAAGUUCACUCACCUAUCU